GCACUGACUGAGCAAGAACAGAAGUUGGUGGAACAGAAGUCGCACAGUGGCCACACAUGGAUCAAGAUUUGUAUGGUCCAGGGGCGGACUGACAAUUCAUGGGGCCCCCGGGCAAUAGGGGAUCAUGGGACCCCUGUGUCUUGCCCAAACUCAAAAAAGCCUAUGAAAAAGGUACCAGGGGCAUAUCAUGGGGCCCCCUACUGACCCCGGGCCCUCGGGCAGUGCCCGAGUUUCCAAAUGGUCAGUCCGCCCCUGG